AUGUCACCUAAGGUUAUGCUGGUCGCUGUUCUUGUGGUGGGCGCCUUGGCCAGUCCCGAUGGGUACCCGCAUCCCAGUUCAUCCCCUACAUACGGUCCCUCUACGCAUACUACCACAACUAACCGCCCGUUAAUCACAACAUACUCGCCUUCGUCCACUACAUACUACCAGCCAUCCUCAACAUAUCACCCCUCAACUACAACAUACCGCCAUCCAACUACAACAUACAACCCCACAUCCACAACAUAUCGUCCUCCAACUACAUCAUACAACCCCACAUCCACAACAUAUCGUCCUCCAACUACAACAUACAACCCCACAUCCACAACAUAUCGUCCUCCAACUACAUCAUACAACCCCACAUCCACAACAUAUCGUCCUCCAACUACAACAUACCGCCCCCCAUCCACAACAUACCACCCCUCAGCAACAUACCACCCCUCAACAACAUACCACCCCCCCUCUACAACAUACUAUCCACCAUCCACAACAUACCGCCCCCCAUCUACAACAUACAGACCACCAUCCACAACAUAUCGCCCCUCAACCACAGCUCCGACAUACCCACCCACGACGUCCAGCCCCAACUACGGCGUCCCCACUACUGAGGCUCCUGCUCGGUACUCCUUCAGCUGGAAAGUCAAGGACGACGCUUCCGGCAACGACUUCGGCCAAGACGAGACCCGUGAUGGUCCCAACACCCAGGGCUCCUACUAUGUGCUGCUUCCCGACGGUCGUCUGGAGAAGGUGACCUACACUGUCAACGGCGACUCCGGCUACGUGGCCCAGGUGACCUACGAGGGCCAGGUCCAGCACACUACACCCCAGCCCAACUAUGGCUAAAGCGACACCUACAAAAGGAUGUUGAACCCCCAUUACAUAUAUUUGCACCCCAGGGGACCUACGAAGUCAAGGUCCACUAAUACAGUACAUUCCUGGCCACCUGCAUCCCAUCUCUUGUGCACAUUAUGGUCACAA